AUGCCGUACGUGGUAGUGGCCGAGUCGGAGGCGACUCGAGGCCGCGUGCGAGAUGGGAUAGGAAACGAUGCCGCAGCGGCCGUGCGUGAAGAGCGAGAGAUGCCGCGCGGUGCGGCGAGUGGGAGUCGUAACGCACGCAUCGCGCCACCUCAUCCCUUCCUCCGACCCUUCGUCCAUCGCCCUUCUCCUUUAACUCCAGCUUCCAACUGCAGUGCACCGUGCUUGCGUGGCUCAACAGUUCUCUUUCGCCCCGCCACCCCACCUCCCCCUCCUACGGAAGCUAAUCUUGGCCCUCUCGUCUACUGCCCAUUCCUCUCCUGUGCUUCUCCCGUCGUACUGCUUCCUCUGUCUCCUGCUUCUCUCCCCUCUCCCGCCCUUUCCACCCCCCUCUCUCCGGCCCUCCCCACCUCUUCACUUCUCCUCCCAUCCCCUUUUCCCCUCCCGUUAUCCUCCCACUCCCCCCCGCUCUCUGCCAUACGUCCUCCCGCUCUCUUCACGCUUCCCUCCCGCUCUCUUCCCCCUUCCCUCUCGCGCUUCCCCCACUCCCCCCAGACGACUGCCUUCUUCUUUCUCUGGGUUCCUUCACCCUGCUGCUGUUUCUUCCCACCUCCCCUGCUUUGCAGGUCCCCUCCGUCAGGAAAACCCCACUUCCGUCACUCUGCUGCUGUUUGUACGCACCCCAACUACACGAGCCAGGUGUUACGUCGGGACUGCAAGCUGACCAUUCACUCAUGCUGCCUGCGAGUGAAUUUCACACGUAUCUACACUCCCUCGGUGUAA